GAAAACCAGGGAAAUGGUGACUGGCCAGAAAUUCAAGUUAUAUUACAAAUAAAGAAUAAAAGUUUUAAAAAUAAUUUUUUUUAGAAGCUAACACUGUGAUCUGCUGCUUCGUCCUGAGUGAAACUGGUACCUUUGAGUGACAGGCCGUCAGAAUAUUGGCUUCGAAACAUUAUGAGCAAACUGUGAUUUUUUUUUUAUGGAAUAUUGCAGUUUAAUUGAAUGAUAGAAUAUAUAUUUGGUAGCCUGUUUUGAAAUCAAAUUCAAUUACUCUGCUAUAACAAUAAAUCAUUUGUCCUCUAGAUCCACAUUAUUUUCCCUAACAUAAUUUGAUUUUCAGGCAAAUUGUUUAGUAUAAUGGUAUUACUGCGUGACUUUAAAUUAGUGAUCCCCAAACAGUCCACAUUUUUGCUCCCUCCCAACUCCCAACAUUCUUGUACCAGGUGCUCAGUGUUCUUGAUUGUUUUGCUUCAUUCUUGAUUGUCUGGGAGUCCCUGAGGACUAGGUGGAGAAAAAAAUAAAAAUAAACAAAUGUUAAUUUCCCUGCAGCAACAGAGCCCAGACUGCAGUAACUGAUCAUAGCAGUAGUGCUGAUCAGUAACUAUAGUGAUAACAGCGACUGCACUAUUGUACAGUGAUGCACUGUGUCAUUCUGCUGCUAAAUAGCAGGAUUGUUACUGUGAAACGCAACAGUUUUUAUAGCAGCUGGUCUGUGCACCAAACUCUUACAUGAUGGCUCCGUUGCACUGUAAUGAUGGGGGCCACCCGUCCCUUAGUGUGUUGUAGAGCUUCUCGGGAUGUACAGCUUCAUGGGAGGGGGCCUCUUCUGUGCCAUUGUGGCGAACAUCUUGCUGGUGGUGUCCACCGCCACCGACUACUGGAUGCAGUACCGACUUUCGGGGAGCUUCGCCCACCAGGGCCUGUGGAGAUACUGCAUGUCCGGCAAGUGCUACAUGCAAGCAGACAGCAUUGCUUACUGGAACGCCACACGAGCCUUCAUGAUUCUCUCUGCCAUGUCCUGCUUCGCUGGCAUCAUCGCGGGCAUCCUCUCCUUCGCCCACUUCUCAGCCUUCGAAAGGUUCAACCGCUCCUUCGCUGCUGGCAUCAUGUUUUUCAUCUCCGCUCUCUUUGUCCUUCUGGCUAUGGCCAUCUACACUGGAGUCACCGUCAACUUCCUGGGCAGGCGCUUCGGCGACUGGCGGUUUUCAUGGUCCUACAUCCUUGGCUGGGUGGCCCUACUUAUGACGUUCUUUGCAGGAAUAUUCUAUAUGUGCGCAUACAGGAUGCACGAGUGCAGAAGGGUGACUGGAUCUCGCUAACACUGGGGUUAUAAAUGAGUAAAUGGCAAAAGAGGAGAGUCAGAUCCAGACUGAAGAGGUAGAAGAUAAAGCCGUUUGGGAUCAGCACAGUGUGAGCAACACUGUAAUGGAGGGUUUGGGUUUCUCAUGCGCGAGACCCUCUCAUGUGGACCCUCUCAAUCACGUGGACAACAGCAGAUUUUGUAUAUUACAAUUCUAUUUACCUAUUUAUAAAAGAGGUUGAUCUAUGCUGUUAGAAUCACAUUCACUGAAUGAUCAAUAAAGUUUGUUACAAUC